UUGCCCAUACGAAAUCGUACGUCAUUAUUUUUUGUCGUAGAUUUGCAAUUGUAAUUGUAAUUGUAAUUAAGUGAAGCCAAGUUUGCGACGACAGUUUCAGUUUUCCAAUUUUUUGUUUUCUAAUAACUGAACAAAAACGUUUUUGUUUAGGCUUAUUACAAAAAAAGUGCACGUUUUGGGCUCGUCACGUACAGCUAAAUACAAUUAAAGACUUCCGUCACAUGAGUAUAUUAGUUUGUGUAAAUAGCAAUUCGUGUUCAAGUAGGUACCCAGUGGAAAAUCAGGUUGUUGUAUUGAGACAUUUGAACGUGAAAUGAACGUUUAUAACAGUGGCAGUGAAAAACGAAACGGAAUAUCAAGUAACAAUACCAACAGUGAAAAUGGUAGAAGUGCAGUAAUAUUUGAAAAUGGAUCUGCAAAAGGGAAUUUCACAGGAUGGUAUGAAAUGCUCGAAAAUGAAAACCAUGAAGCUCUGGGAAGGCUUCAUGAUCUUGAACGAAAAGUUCUGGAACAAAGGGACGAAUUAAUCUGCUUGAAAGCCACCCUAGCCGAGGCUUUAAGAAGGAUUUCAAUUCUCGAAGGCUGUCGACUUCCUCAUCAGGUGCAGCAGGUGGCUAGCACACCCCCAACAACACCCGUCAGAAAUGGCAUUGUGAAAGAACAGCUGCGCUUGAGACAAACGGGCAUUUCUAGUACAAAAAAAAAGAUCGAAGCAAGAGAACUGAACAGCAAAAGUUACGGUUCUUCUUUACCCCAGCGACGCGCGGCCCGAUACCAGUCGACUGGAUCUCUUCACAGUGAUAGUCAUAGCUCUAGUAGUAUUUCUCCAGUGCCUCCUCCGUCUCCCAGGGCAACGCCACUGCCUCUCAAUGUGCGACAACAACACCAGCAACAACAACAACAACAGCGACCUCCAAUUGUACAUAAUUCGCAUCCUCCACUAUCGCCUUCCAGUGGCGGGUUACACAAGCGAUGGAGUUCUACGGGAGACUUUAACAAUUCCAGUGCCUUGAGUCCACAGUCCAAGUUUUCAACAAAAUCAUUUUUGAAUCUGUUUCCAAAACUGAAUGGAAAUUCAGUAUCAAAUUUAAAGCACGGCACCAAAGAAGCCACAUACAAUGAAGAAGACCAAGCUGUUAGGAUAUAUUUGCGGGGUAGACCCAUCGUUCUGUACGCACCAUCCGAAAUUGGAGAACAUUACGAUCUUACCAAAGUCGCCACAGCCCCACACCAAAAACCAAAACUGAAUUGGGUUUAUGGAUACAGAGGAAGAGACUGUAGAUCUAAUUUGCACUUUUUGCCCACCGGAGAGAUGGUGUAUUUUGUGGCAGCAGUCGUCGUUCUUUAUGAUGCGGAAGAGCAAAAUCAAAGGCACUACUUGGGUCAUACGGACGACGUAAAAAGUUUAGCCAUACAUCCAAAAAAAUUGUUAGUAGCCACCGGUCAGUGUGCAGGUCACGAAGGGAGAGCACAUAUUAGGGUUUGGAAUUCAGUAUCACUAACAACCGUUGCGGUUGUUGGAAUGAAUGACUUCGAUGUUUCCGUUUGUUGUCUUUCCUUUAGCAAGUCAGACGGUGGAUCGCUCCUUGUAGCGAUCGACGAGGCUCCUGAUCACACCAUAUCGGUUUGGGAUUGGCAAAAAGGCGAAAAUGGCUACAAAAUAACCGAAACGAAGUGUUCUGUGGAUACAGUGGUUGCAGCGGAGUUUCAUCCACUGGACCGAAAUACCAUCGUGACCUGUGGCCGUUCCCAUUUGGCUUUCUGGACCCUGGACGUUGGUGGCACCCUUUAUAAGAGAAUGGGCAUAUUCGAAAACAGGGACAAACCAAAAUACGUCCUAUGCAUCUCUUUUAUGCAAACUGGCGAAGUGAUAACGGGAGAUUCAAAUGGAAAUUUGAUUGUUUGGGGAAGAGGAACAAAUACCAUAGUGAGAAUAGUUAAAAAUGUCCAUGAGGGUUCUGUCUUUUCUAUUUGCGUCUUGAGAGAUGGCGGAUUAAUCACGGGUGGGGGGAGGGAUGCAAGACUGGUCUUUUUUGAUCCUGAUCUGAAUAAAAAUGGAGACGUUUGUCAGAUUGAAGAGCAUUUUGGUGGGAUUCGGAUGAUUUCUGAAGGAAGGGGGUCCCAGCUGCUCAUAGGAACCACAAGAAACUGCAUUUUGAUGGGAAGUGCUGACUUGGGUUUCCAACCAAUCGUCUUGGGACACACUGAUGAACUUUGGGGGCUGGCGGCCCAUCCCACAGUACCCCAGUUUGCUACUGCUGGACAAGAUAAAUUGCUUCAGAUGUGGGAUUCCAUGUCUCACAGUAUUUUGUGGAGCAAGGAAAUCGAUGAGGCUGCGCAAAGUUUAGCAUUUUCUGCAGAUGGAAACAUAAUAUUGGUGGGUUGUAUGUCUGGCAGUUGGUUUGUGUAUGAUUCACAAACGAGGGAAUUGCUCAGUCAUCACGUUGAUGGCAACGAACCCAUACAAGUCAUUCGUUUUUCGCCGGAUGGGGGUAAUGUAGCAUUAGGGUCCAGGGAUAACCACAUUUAUAUCUACGAAAUUUCGGAUGAUGGUAGAAGAUUUAGAAGAGUUGGUGUUUGCAGUGGCCAUUCGAGUUUUAUAACACAUUUGGAUUGGAGCUCAGACGGCCAAUUCAUUAGGAGUAAUUCUGGUGAUUAUGAAUUGCUUUUCUGGAACAGUGGCACUUGUAGACAGAUAACUCAAAGUACUACUUUAAGGGAUGUCGAAUGGGCAUCUAACACCUGUACAUUGACUUUUACAACAAUUGGUAUAUGGCCCGAAAAUGCUGAUGGUACAGACGUUAAUUGCUGUGACAGAAAUCAGGAAGGUAAUCUGAUGGUUACAGGGGAUGAUUUCGGAAAAAUAAAGUUGUACACGUACCCCGUCACCCAACCAAAGAGCUUAAACAACCCCCAUGGUGGCCAUAGCAGUCAUGUGACGAAUGUAUCGUUUCUUCAUGACAACAGUAGGUUUGUUUCCACAGGUGGCAAAGAUACAAGUGUCAUGCAAUGGGUCCUUGUCUAAUUACGAAAAAUUCAAAUUUAAAUUAUACUACACACACCCACAUACCAACACACUCACACACUUGAUUUAUUCUUCAUGAUAAUUCGACACGUAUGUAAUACGAAGAUAUUAUUUUUCUUUAAAUACAAUACACUUUUUCUUUUUUAUAUAUUUUAUAGCGUUUUUGGUGCAAAACUUCUUGUACCUAUACUUGUUCAGCUCCAAUAAUUAAAU